UCCUACUCUUCUAACUUUGUUUUGAAAUACAGAGAAAAAAAAAUUGUGGAGGCAAGCCAUUGGAAAUUUCAUCAUCAAGGCUGGUAUAGUUCAGGGAUGUUGUUGUUAGCCUUUAUGUAUGUAUGCAGGUUGGCCUGCUAGUCGGUCGUCUAUAAAUCUCUUGCGUCCCCCUGACAAAGACGUAUCCGGCGCAGAGCUGCCUCUUGGUCGGUCGCGUAUCCAUCUUCGCCUCCUCAGUGCCUUUGUUCUGGCCCAAAAUGCGAGUUGGGGUCCGUCGGGCACCCACCAUCUUCUUGACGUUGUGGGGACUCCUAAGCUUGGGAAGCUGAGUGACAAACAGUGAGACUGAUAUAGUCAAUACCGAAUAUUCAGUUUUGGGUGACCGUGACCGUGACGUACAGUCGUGACCGUGACGUACAGUGAUCACCAUCAUUCCCAGGACAGCGAGGAGGGAAGGCUUCUUACAACCCCAUAAAAAAAGAGGAAGAUUAGUUUGAGUUCAAGUUCACAUCAACAGCAGCGGUACAAACAGGAAUGGGAAUCUAGUCCAGACUUCAAGGCAUGGCUUCAUGGCGCCUCUGAAAAUCCUUUUAAGGCUAAGUGCACAGUAUGCAAUGUGGUAAUGGUUGUAGAAUUAACUGUGAUAAAAAACCACGCAAAAGGUAAAAAAAAAAAAAUAAAUCCUUUUUUGAAACUGCAACUGUCAACCAGCCAUCAGCUUCAUCAUUUUUACAGAAGAAACAGAGUAAGUCAUCUGAUUCUGUUUCUGUAGCAGAAAUUAAAUUGAGUGCUUUUCUUGUGGAACACAACAUUGCUUUUAAUGUAAUUGAUCAUCUGACAGAUCUUUUGAAAGACAUAUUAUCUGAUCCAAAAACUGUAAAAGAACUGCAUUUAAAAAGAACGAAAGCAACAGCAAUUGUAAAAAAAUGUUAUUGGUUCUUCUUUUAAGGAAGAGUUAGCACAAAAGUUAAAGGACCCAAAGUUCAGUGUACUUUGCGAUGAGUCUACUGAUGUGGGUUCUAUAAAAUCAUCAUGUGUGGUGGUACGGUUUUAUAACAAAGAUGCAGGAGCAGUUAAAUGUAAGUUUUGGGAAAUGUAUGAUGUAUACGAUGCCAAAAACCCAGAGAACACUAAGGAAGGUGCAACAGGAAAAAACUUUUUUGAAGGACUCAUGAAAACAUUUAAUCAGUAUGAUAUUCCUGCAACAAAUAUAAUUGGAUUUGGUUCUGAUGGAUGUAAUGUAAUGAUUGGGGCCCAUAACUCUGUUGCAAGUCGCUUUCGAGAACAAUGUCCUGGAAUUUUUGUGAUGAAAUUUGUUUGCCAUUCUGCACAUCUCUGUGCAAGUGAAGCCUGUAAGUCACUACCCAGAAGAUGUGAAGAUUUGGCAAGAGAAAUCUUUAAUCACUUUAAAUGCAGCAGCAAGAGGCAGAGUCAAUUAGUACAGUUUCAGGAAUUUCGUAACCUGAAACCACAUAAGGUUUUGCACCCCUCCCAGACAAGGUGGUUGUCAUUAGUUGCAUUUGUUAUUCGUCUGUUAGAGCAAUGGGAAGUCCUUAAGAUGUAUUUUACAGAUAUUUGGUUUUCUGAGAAGGUGGUAUCAGCCGAGCUUAUAUUUCAUGAUCUUCACAAUCCCUUCAUUAAGUCCUAUUACUUUUUUCUUGAAUGGAUUUUGCCAAAAUUCACAAGUUUCAAUACAUAUUUUCAGUCUGAUAAAACAGUAAUCAUAGUACUGCAUGAGAAGUUAUGCAUGCCUUAUAGGGAGCUACUACUUUCUUUCAUGGAAAGAGAGUACAUCAUAAAGACAGAUCUUGAGACAGUUGAUCCUUUUAGGCAAGAUAAAUACCAUAGGGAUUGUGAGUUGUAUCUUGGACUGGCGAUACGUAAAGAACUUGACAAACUAAAUCCAAAUAAAAAUAAAUCUAAUUUGAAUGAGUUUUAUAAAUGCUGUAGGGACUUCUUAGUAAUAGCAUGUGCGGAGAUCAAGAAAAGGUAUGAUUUUAAGGACAGUGUGAUCUCCAAGCUGUGUUGCUUAACUCCUGAAAAUGCUGUGUCUAAUUCCUUUAGAAAAUCAACCCCCUCUUUAUACUCUCUCAUAAUUGAACUUUCUUUAAUUGUGUCACCAGAUAAUUGUUCACUAAUGCAGAAAAUUGAUGAUCAAUGGAGAAUGUUACCAGCAUUCAAAGAUAUACUGCAUCUUGAUGAUAUAUUGUCAGUAGAUAAAUUCUGGGUUUUACAGAGUGGGGAUAACUUCUUUGAACUGGCAAAUUUUGCUCUGUGUGCUGUCAGUCUUCCCCCAUUCGAAUGCUGAAUGCGAGAGAGUCUUUAGUAAGAUCAACCUUUUCAAGACAAAAACAAGAAACAGUUUAAACACACAAACUGUUAAGGGUGCUUUGUUGGCCUCUGAGUGUAUCAAAAGCUAGGAGUCCUGUGUCAAGUUUACGCCAUCUGAAGACAUGCUUAGACGUUUAAAAAACAGUUCACAGCUGUAUGCCAACGUAGCAUAAAGUUAAGAACCUUUUCGUUAAUUUUAGUAAGAAAAAAUUUCUGUAAUUUUGGUUUAUUGUUUUGCUAUGAACAGUGUAGGGUUAAUGUAAGGUUUCAGUUUCAUAUGUUCAUUGUCUGUAAAAUACCACAUUGUUUUUUUUUUAUAUAAUGAGAACAGAAGAGUUUUAUUGAUACUAUUUUUCGCCUUAUAAUAAAUGUAUAAAAGCUA